CCUGGGAAUUAUCUACUCCGAAGCUGGCUGGGUAAACCUGUAUAGACUCAUGCCAUGAACCCUCCACUCCUGCGGGGUUCAGAGUAUACUCCAAGGUUGUGUGUGCAAUGUUCUUCAUGUCUAAACCAUGAAUAAGCUUUGGCACCUGUGACAGCCACCUGACUUUAAAUAAAAAUAUAUAAUCUUGGUGCAGUACGAAAGUUUUCCCAGUGGGUGCUGCCAGGGUGAUCAGUGGGGUCCGGGUCGGACGUGGGGGAGUGUCAGUCUGCAGCACAGCAUCUCCCGAGGAUGUUGUUAGAGAAGUUACUUGCCAGCGAAUAUUGUAUAAUCAACAGGUGAUGCAAAUAAUUCUUGCCUUUAAAUAACAGUAUAUAAAAUAUACGAAUAACUUUUAAAGAAAAUAUUUUUGACAGUGAACAUUUGUUGAAUAAAGUCAAUGGGUAAACUAGCAUAUAAUAUCUAGAUAUAUUGUAGAAAAAUCUAAUUUCUACAUACCGACUUACCUUAGCAAUUAUAGUGAAAAUAAAUAUUGAAGGCUGUGUAUGAAUAGGAAGAAUUAUUCAUCAUUAAUGUAUAUUACAUGCUACAAUGAUAAAUUCGAUUAAUUGGUGAGUGACAAGCACCUUGGGAAGAUUCACCAGGCUAAAAGAGGCCCGACUACUGAUAAGAGGCGAGGAAGGAGGUGAUGACCAAGCUGCCCCAGGCCUCCAGGAUGGGUGUGGGAGUACAUGAAACAGUUGAUGUAUACUCCACCAGCCUCUGUGACGUCCACCCCGUCGCCAGCAAGCAUGGCAUCAAGAGGCAUUUUUCCGAGCUGUUCCCAAACUGCCCAUCUCCACGUAACCCUGAGAUACCUCAGGAUUCCAGAAGCCCAGAAAAAAGGAAAACUGCCCAUGCUCCAUUAUCAGAUUCCAGCUCUGACUCAGAGCAAGACGAAAUAGCAAAAAGAAUGUGCUUAGGGAGUCGUGUGUUACCAGAUACAGAUACUGAAACCACAACUAGCAUUAAGGAAUCCUGUGCCUCGAGACGAAGACGGUUCAUGAGAACAGCUGAGGCUUUGAGACAGUCUGGUUUGUUGGAUAUUACUAUGAAGACUGCAGAAUUGUUACGAAAAAAUCAAAAACUACAACGAGAAAUUGAGAAUCUACAAAAGGAAACAAGAUCAUUUGUUUUGUCCGUUCUCUCAAAUCCAGAAAACAGACAUAUACUUGAUAAUAUUCACUCUGGCGUUCAGUUAUAUGAGGUUGUUGUCCCGGGCUCACAGCGCAUCAUGUCAGUCUCCACCCACCCUGCUGAUGUGAACAUGAAUUCGACUUCUUUGACCUUAUCAAAUGAUAUGUCUAAUGAUAGCAUAUCAUCUCAUAGUAAUGUGUCAUCAACAUCGCCACCAUCACCUACUGUUUCAAGCUCAUCUGACACUGCAUCCUUUUCUGAUAUCGAGUUAUCAGAAGAGGAGAAUUUGUCCCCACCAAACAUUUUUCCAAACUCUGGGCAUUAGUCUGACAUUUUCAAGAUCAUUAUGAAUAUAGAGAAUGUAAUACAAUAAAUGAUUACCAGUUGCUUAUUACCAAGUACAGUAGUCUACAGUUGUCAUUUAAUAAAGUUGUUCAAAAAGUUAUCGAGUUUUCUGAAAGACUGCUUAUGUGGCAUGUCAGUAUUCGUGUCAUCUUGACAUAAUUGCCAUUGGUUGUCUUAAGCAGAUUUGUUGUGUGAAUCUUGAAUGAUAGAAAACACUUGAGAGUUUUACUAUCAUUGUGAUAUGUCUAAUUGUGUACCUUAAGCUCAUCUUAUGAAUGCAAUGGACACAGCAAUACACAUCCUUCUUGGUCUUGGGGAUUUAAAAAUUGAGUACCGGGUUCCACUGUAAUUUAUUGAAAAACAUGAAGAAUAAUGAUUUAACAUCAUUUUUUUUAUAGACAUUUUCAUCAGAACUGGAUUUUUUUUUAGUUAAAUUUGAAUUACCUAUAUAAAGUAUAUUAAGAACAUGUUUGGUAUGAUCAAGCUAACAUAAAUGAGCGAGUGAACAUGUAUUUGAAUCAGUAUUUAUCAACAUUUCAAUGGUAUUUUUCAAAGAAAACAACAUGUAUAUUAAACAAAAUUACUGUUUUCAUUAUUCAUACUAAGUGUUUUAAAUUUUAUAAACAAAUCCAUAUGUAAAUUAUAAGGCAAUAUUACCUUCGAUUCACAGAUUUGCAUGCAGUGAAGUUUUCCUUAUAGCUCCUUGUUCUAAAAUUUUUACAAAGUAUAUAACAUUAUACAGUAUAUUAAUAUUAUAUACCUUUUGAUCAUACAUCAUGCCAUUGUAUUCAGUGCAAUGUAAAUAAAAAUCUUUCAUAGUAAAAUGUUAACCACGUUUAGUGUGGCUAACAUAGCUUCAGAACAGAGCUGCACACAAUAAGGCGUGUUACUGCCAAACUACAAGUCCUCUUGUAUGUCUUUAUCAAUAUUAUUCCCAUUGCAAUGGUGUACUGUAUAUAGACAAAUUUUGCUUGGGGUCAAUCAACGAAACUACCAAUCCCUACAUAUAAAACUGAUCAUUAUUAUGUAAGAUUUAACACCUGUAUUGUACAUUCUGCUGUGUCUGUGAUCAUGUUUAACAUUGCAUAAGGUGUAGAAAGGUCUAUCUCUGGUGCUAAAUGUGUGCUACUAUUUUGUAUUGAAAAUAUUUCCAAGAUGUCUUGCACAUUUCUUCAGAUCUUGACAUAUUUUCAUUAGUUCCUCUUAGGGAAAAUUAUUUAAAUGUUAAUAAAAACAUUGUAUUUUGAUAGGAAUACUUAAGCAGAUAUGAAGGGUUGUGCACUACUAAUUUUAUUUAAAUUUGUAAUGCAACAGGUAGCAGUUUCUCAUUUUCAGUUAUUUAUUAAUUCUACUAAGGAUUGGAAGAUUAUCAUCUAAAUGGCUGUUGUACUGCCAAGAGAUCUUGUGUUAUUUUAUGAAGCAGUAAACUGUUAUGUUCUGUAGUUCCUCAAUGGUUGGAAGGGAGCAUGUGUACAACACCGUAGGUGCAAGAUUUCAUGUAUUUUUUAAUUAAUCCAUUUGAGAGAAGGUAACCAUGCUUUUAAUCAUGCCUAGUAUUUUUUUUUUUUUUAUCUUCAAUAUGGAAAUGUUACCAUUUAUGAAUGUAGUUCAUGAAACCUAUAAUUUCUUAAUACAGUAUAAUACUAAAAACAAAUGACCUAAAAUUAUUAAGUCAUUCAUAUUUUUAAAUUGAUUAAGUAAAUUACUGUGUAUUUAUUGACAAAUUUGCAUUCAAUUUAAAGAUUCUCUUACAUCCCACUGAAGAAUAUUUACAAAUUUAUGUUCAUAAUACAGUAGUGUACUAACAAAUAUUCUUUUUUUUUUGUAAUAAGAAAUUGGGUUUUUAUGAAGUCAUCCAAGAGUUUUCAGUAAGGUUCAUAUCAAAGUUAACAAAAUAACGCAACCCACACGUAUGAAAAAAAAGUGAUGACAUUUAUGCCUGACCUGGACCCAUAUCAAGCCAUACAUAUACAGAUGUAUGUGUGUCCAAGACGUACAGGAAAAGAAGCCAUUAUAAGACCAGAGAGUAGGUAAGGAGGGAGAAGAGGCGAGGUGUAAAAGGAAAAAGUACUGUAAAGUUUAAAAAACAUCUAAAUGCAGCUUCCUGCAUGAAGGUUGAAAGUAAACAAAGCAAGCAGAGAAGGAUGGGCCAAAAUAUUGCCACUUUCCUUUCUUUUUAUGUGGAGGUUGGGUUAUUUUUUUCAGGCAUGUUAUUAUGACUUAUUCUCUGUAAAGUUAAUCAGUUAUGUAUGUAUUGCAUUAUUAUUCUGAACAAGUUUGUUGAUGCUGUAUGUAUAUGAAAUUACUUUUAUAAUAUGAAAAUAGGGCCAAAUUGUCAAGAGCCUGUUUAUUGUAUAAAGACUAGUUCUGUCCUCUUUAUUAAGUAGUAUAUCAUUGAUUUAGUUGUAAGCUAAUUUAUUUCCUACAUUAAUACAUUAAUUUAGUAUUUAACAGUACCAUAAUGGCAACAUGAACCUAAUUUAAAAACAUCUGUCAUUGCUUAAUAUUACAACUAAAUUUGGAACUUAUUGCAAUAUAAUGAUAAAACAGUUGUGUAUAAUUUUAUAUAUCAAUCUACAGCCCCAUGCCUUACUCUCUCCUGGUAGCCUCCAAGGCCAUAGUAGAAGUUUUAACCAGGGGCUUUAUAAUCAAACAAACCUUUCACUCUUUCAAGUUCUCCAACUGCAACUCCCACUCUGUCAUUCAUAUAUUGUUCCAAUCUUCACUUCUAAGAUACUGUUUAUCUUCUUCUACCAGAUGAUCCCUUUAUUUUUUCCUUGUACACACUUGUAAAAUAUUUUGCAGUCAUUCUACUAACACUUUCGUAUCACCUCAGUGUAUUUUAUUUUAUCGGCUCCAUGUUUUAUUCCCUCACCUCCUUCUCAUUCAUACCACAUUCUUACACCAGCUUUUUUUCUUAAAAAAAACUAAUUUCAAGUAUUAGUUCUCCUAAAAUACAUUCAAGAUGAUUGAUAAGAUCAUCUAAAUUGUAAACAAUUGUUGUACAUACCAAGUUUUCAUAAUGUUGUACAUAUCGUUCUCAUAUCUCAUAAUGGUCCACCUUAUUGAUGCUUUUGUCUUGUGGGAUUUUUGCCUUACAAAUAUGUGACAAAAUGUUAUGCAUUUAUUACAAAUUUAAAAUGUUGCUGAAUGAUUUUAACAUGGUAAGAGAAAUUUAUGACAAAGUUUUCUGCAUAAAAAUCAGUAUUACCAGAUUGAGGAAAAUGCAGUACAAUAUACAGUAUGUACUGUACUUAAGACCGUUGAACAAUGAAUUAGAAAUUUGUAACACAUAUGAUUGAUUAGUGUAUAACUGUUCAUAUCAUUAUGUUGGUAAUUUAAAACAAACAUUUUUUUUUAAAUGUGAAAUUUCACUUGCAAGAAAUUGAAAUUUAUUAUAGUUUUAUUGACAAUUGCCAGGAAUAAAGGCAGCACAGAGUGUAUCAUCUGUUUCCUAGUAGUGACAAGGUUUAUAUAGGAAGUAAGAUACUCUUCAUUUAUCUUACAUGUCAAUAUAGUUGUAUACUUUCAACCAGUAUUUUGAUGAACUUCCUGCAAAAUUACAUGAUAGCUAAUUUUUUAAAAUUUGUAUAAAUACAGUAGUGUUUUAUACAGUAAUGACACCUGUAUACAACUAGUAACACAUUUUGUAUUUAUUGUGUAAAAAUAGGUUUGUUAAAUAUUGCAUCUGAGAUUUUUCUUAACUUAGAUUCAAUCAGAUUUUUCAAGAUAAAGUCUUGUAAUCAGUUAUAAAAUAGCUUCUAAUAUAUUUUAUGUUGCAAUCAAAUAGUUUUAUGUUUCUGUGAUGAUCGUGUUAGAUGGUUUAUAUGUGUGCUGUUUCACUUUAGUUUACGCAAUGUGUGGAAUAAUUCAAUACAUACAUAUAAUUUAAAUAAAGUGAUUCAGUACAGUACUCCAUAUAGGCCUACACUGUAAUAUGUACAGUACACCUAUAUUGCAUCGUAAAUCUGUUCCUGGCACAACUCACAGGAAAUGUCAUUCAACCCACUUCUUUGCUGCUAUUCUGUCUGGUUAUAUCAUCCAGAAAUGCAGUACAUUCAAACACAAGUGGGUUAUUUUAGUUCAUUUAUUAUGCACCACAUACCUAUCCAGUGGGUAGCAGUGGAAAAUGUUAUGGAAGCCCAUAAUUGGCUCAAGGACCUAUGGAAAACACCAAAUUGUGUAAUCACAUGACUACUGGCAAUGUACACUAUAACCUUAUCGAUAGUAAGCAAUAAAAACACGAUAGCUUAGAUGCUUAAAAAAAUUCUACUAAUUCCAUGACAUCCAUAUACAAGAUGUAUUAUAACCAUACAGUAUUUACAUUAUUUAUAUAAAAACCAGAUGAUAACUAAACAUGUACUGUACUGUAUUUGUAACUGCAUUACCCAGGGGAUCAACAUAUGAUGAUAAGUACGUAAACACUUUCGCAUGCCCGGCAGGCCACCCACAUUGCACCAGAAGGUAGGCUAUGCAUUACAGGUGAGCACACAACCCAAUGUUCAACUCUUUCACUCACAAUAUUUAUACUUAAUAAUAAGAAUAAGCAAAAAUUAAUUAAUGACGCUGAGAGCAUCAUCCCCCACUCUGCGUGUAUAGUUUUUACGAUGCCGAGAGCAUCAUCAGGACGCCAAAUUGUUAAAAGGGUGAAGACCAUGGACAUUGCAUGAAAACAUUUUGUAUGUGUGUAUAUAUUAUAAUUAUUUAAUUAUAUAGUAUACAGUAUAUUUAAUUAUAUAUUACUGUAUAUUGUGGAAGUUUCUAUGAAGCUGUUUUGAAAGGAUCCAAAUUAAAAGUUUUCCGUUUUAAAACGUAAACUGUAUACAAUACUGUAUAUGAAUUAAAUUGCAGUAACAUGCUUUAUAUUAUGUGUCCAUGUUCUUUCCAAUAUGCUGAUGCUACUUGACCUUAUAUGCUUACUCUAUUUUUCCCAUUCAGCUUGUAAAAUAGAAAGCAUUUCAUUACAGUUUGUUGCACUUUAGGAAAAUAUCCAGCACAAAGGAAGCGUUUUGUAAUAGUUUAGACUAAUGGUAUAAUGAAAGCUCAAUUAUCUGUGUUAUGGCCACUACAAAAAUGAAGACUCUCUGGUGCUGACUCCUGCCGCUUCCUUUCAUAGUUUCCAUAGUAUAAAAACAUUAGUGGAGGAACUUAUAAUCAGAAUGAUCCCUAUAUUUUUUUUUUAUUAGAAUAGAAAUUCUUCACUUUUGAACUAUUGUAUAUAAACAACUAUGCAAAGUUGUUUUGUAGGUGUGAUUUAUAUGUUAAUCUAUAAAGUAAAAUUGAUUGUGAUUGCAUCAUUAGUGUGUCCACAAGACAUUCUUCAGUAGACAACUAGCAUGCUAUGUAGCACUUUGUUCAUGAAUAUAUUGUUCAAUCUACAUAUACUGUAUAGUGUAAUGAACAUAUCAUGAAUACAGUACUGUAUAUGAUUAAACAUUAUAAGAUUGUUAAAAUAUCUUUGCUGCUCAGGAGGUGAAGAGCAGUCCCACAUCUGCAUGUCUAUCAUUCAUUCAUUUACAUUUAGAUUUGUUAUUGUAUAAAAGAUAAGUUAUGCUCAACUAGACAAAACUUUCAUACUAUUUGAAAGUAUCUUUGAUACUUUUUUUUACGGUUUAUAUUAAUUUUAACAAUAUACAUAUAAGAUCACUCUAUUAUGUAUUUUAUGCUGUUCUGCUGCCAGUGUCACAUACUUGACAUUGACAGUUUCUCAAAAAAGUAAUGCUGACCCAUAACAAAAUAUUCUGAAAGAUGGUCUCUAAAAGCAUAUACUGUAACUAAAUUCUUAAAGAAACUAAAAUUGUACCUAUUUGGUGAAUAUUGUAUCAUAUGUUGUAUAUUAUUGUUUUUAUAGAAGAAAAAAGUUGCUUUUCUUACGUGUACAGUAUAAAUCAUUUGUUAUUGUUGCCCAAACACUGUAGCUGUCCAAUUUUUUGUAAUAUAUGAAUGAAUAUUAAUA